CCGGCACGGCCCGGCUGCCUCCCGGUCCCAGGAGCCACCUCCCCGGGGGGCGGCGUGGGAGAGCCGGCCCUGCGUGCCCGCGGGGGGCCCUGUGCGCGUCCACGUGCCGGGACGCUCCCCGCAGCCGGCCAGCGCCGGGCCCGGUGGCUCUUUCCCGCAGACAGAGACGCGUCCUCCCCGGAAGGAAGAGGCCCUAGCCGCCGUGGGAGCCGGACGCGGUCGCAGGGGGGAGAGGUAACGGUGUGCCAACGAUGCCGUUCUUCUCAGGGGAGGCUGCCCUCCUGCUGCCACGUGUCCCGGAAGCCGCGUGGUGACGGCUGGUGGGUCCGUGGGUCGGUCUGCGCCGCAGCGCGCCGGGGCCUGGGCCGCGUCGCCCCGUGUCCCUGUGGCAGGGCCGGAAGCUUCCGAGGGAAACCCUGACCGGUAACCCUGAUGCGAGGGCGUCGGCCACCAGCAGAGCACAGCAGCCCGGCUGCUUCCUCAGAAUCUUCCAGUAGACGUCUAGGGUUUAGCUAGAAGUCUUGGCUCCGGUACAAACAGUGAUGGAAAACACAUGAGCAGUAACAAGUUUUAAUCUCGCCCCUCAGUCCUAACAUGGGCUAAUCUGUGGAGGCAGCUUACUCCAGUGUCACCCAGGGUGCCGCCACAUCAGGCUCCAGCGAGGGCGUCUUUCUUUUGAACGUAACACCUUCUCAUCUCUUCUCCUCAAACAGCACCUGAGAGCAGGGGCAUUCGGGAGAAGCAGUACACGGUGGGAACUUCUCUCAAGAGGCUGACUCUCUGUUUACGAGUCCAAGGCUGACCCCUCACCAGGCGACAUGAAGGGGUGUGUGCUCCUAGUGCUCUUGGCUUUGUGCUCCGCCAAGCCCUUAUUUCACCCUUCAUAUGUGACACUGAAGAACAUGAUGCUGAAGGACAUGGAAGACGAAGGGGACAGUGACCUUGAUGCGGACAACUCUCUUUUUCCAACAAGAGAGCCAAUUAACCCCUUCUUCCCGUUCGAUCUGUUCCCAACGUGUCCAUUUGGAUGCCAGUGCUACUCGAGAGUUGUACACUGCUCUGAUCUAGGUUUGUCCUCCGUCCCAAGCAACAUUCCAUUUGAUACUCAGAUGGUUGACCUUCAAAACAAUAAAAUUAAGGAAAUCAAAGAAAAUGAUUUUAAAGGACUCACCUCACUUUAUGCUUUGAUUCUGAACAACAAUAAGCUAACAAAGAUCCACCCAAAAGCCUUUCUAACUACAAAGAAGUUGAGAAGGCUGUACCUGUCCCACAAUCAACUAAGCGAAAUACCAUUUAAUCUUCCCAAAUCGCUAGCAGAACUCAGAAUUCAUGAUAAUAAAGUUAAGAAAAUACAAAAGGAGACAUUCAAAGGAAUGAAUACUUUACAUGUUCUAGAAAUGAGUGCAAACCCUCUCGAUAAUAAUGGGAUUGAACCGGGGGCAUUUGAAGGAGUGACAGUAUUCCAUAUCAGAAUCGCAGAAGCAAAACUGACCUCAAUUCCUAAAGAACUUCCAUCAACUUUACUGGAGCUUCAUUUAGACUAUAAUAAAAUUUCAACCGUGGAACUCGAGGAUUUUAAACGAUACAAAGACCUACAAAGGCUGGGCCUAGGAAACAACAGAAUCACUGACAUUGAAAACGGAAGUCUUGCUAACAUACCACGAGUGAGAGAAAUACACUUGGAAAACAACAAACUAAAAAAAAUCCCUUCAGGAUUACAGGAGUUGAAAUAUCUCCAGAUCAUCUUUCUUCACUCUAAUUCAAUUACAAAAGUGGGAGUGAAUGACUUCUGCCCAACAGUACCGAAGAUGAAGAAAUCUUUAUACAGUGCGAUAAGUCUGUUCAACAACCCGGUGAGGUACUGGGAAGUGCAGCCCGCGGCUUUUCGCUGUGUUGCAGGCAGAAUGAGCGUGCAGCUCGGGAACUUCAGAAAGUAGUAAUGAGUAAUAGCCAUUUAAUAUAAAAUUUAGAAAUUAAUACAUUUGGAAUACUUGAACUCUGUUAAAAAUGGUGGUAUUAUGCAAAUCAGCAAAAAUCUAUUCCUACAUGGUAAGUCCCCUGACUUACUUUAUGACAAAAAAUUUCAACAGAAUUUUGCAAAACUCUUGCUCCAUGAGGAUCAAGAAAAACAAGCACGUACUGCAGUUUCCUUCUGUACACAAAUGAUUCUGCAUAAAUCUCAUGCUUGAACAUUCUUUUCUCAGUAACAAAAAAAUAAUACAAUCAGUAUUUAACACUUUGUUAUCAAGUGCAUUUUAAAAAGAACCGUACUGUAAAUGGAAUGCUUGACUUAGCAAAAUCUGUGCUCUUUCAUUUGCUGUUAGCAAACCAAAAUUGACAAGAAUGGCUUCAUGGAGAGCACAUUAUACUAUUCUUAAACUUUCUUUAAUAACUUGGGUGGUACUGUAAUGUUUCUAUUAAUGCUGAAGUAUGGUUUUAUAUAAUCUUAUUCAAAUUCCCAUAUGUUAGAGGCUUACUGUCUAUAUGUUUAAACUAACUCCUUAUAAUAAAGCCUUCAGUGUUUAUUAUCAA